AUGUCUCUCUUUGGAGUGCUCAAGGCUGAGGUAGAAAUUAAGGCUGCAGCUUCAGCAUUUUAUGCUAUUUGUUACUCGAAAAUGGACCAACUUCCCGAAAUUUCUCCUGAUAAAGUAAAAAUAGCUGGGUUACUCGAUGGGAAGACUGAAGCGGCAAAGUUCGAGGUUGAAGCUGUAGAUGAAGCGACGUAUUCGAUCACAUACCGAAUGGUAGAAGGAAAUCAUUUGUCGUAUUAUAAGACCUUCAAGAUUUUAAUCCAUGCUAUUCCAAAGGGUGAGGGAAGUGUGGUUCACUGGGGUUUGGAAUAUGAGAAAUUUGAUGAAAAUAUUGCAGAGCCAUACACCUUCCUUGAGUAUUUUGUCAAUCUGACCAAAGAUGUUGAUGCUUCCCUUGGGAAAUGA